AUGGAAGACCCAUCGGAGCCUCUGGGCUUCACACAGCUGCAGGUCCCUGAUUUAAACACCAAUCCCUUUAUUCAGGCCCUGUCUGCUGGCCAGUCGGCCAGCGUCUUACACUUCUCAGCAAUAAGACCCCAGCGUGGCUGGCACCUUGACUUUGGCCUUCAGCAGAGGACCCAGUUGAGGCAUGCCAGACUUCUGAUCUACAGAACUUUCUACCGCAGGGCCCAGGGCACUGGGCUGUUAGACACGGCACCCGAAGGAAGGCCUGGUGAGGUAGCAGAAGUGCACCAUCGUCAACAGUUUUGUCACUGGCCCUGUCAGUGCGCUCACCAGAAGCCCAGCUGCCCUCCUGGAGUGAGCCUGGUGACGGAUGGCUGUGGAUGCUGUAAAAUCUGUGCCAGGCAACCGGGGGACACCUGCAACGAGGCUGACCUCUGCGACCCCCACAAAGGGCUGUACUGUGACUACUCAGCAGACGGGCCUAGGUACGAGACCGGAGUGUGUGCAUACCUUGUAGCUGUGGGAUGUGAGUUCAACAGGGUACAUUAUCAUAAUGGCCAAGUGUUUCAGCCCAAUCCCCUGUUUAGCUGCCUCUGUGUGAGUGGGGCCAUUGGAUGCACACCUCUGUUCAUACCAAAGCCGGCUGACAGGCACUGCUCUAGGGCUAAAGGUGGAAAGAAGACUGAUCAGUCAAAAUGUGGCCUGGGGUCAUCACAACAGCAGCUGUCAACAAGCUACAAAACAAUGCCAGCUUAUAGAAAUCUCCCACUUAUUUGGAAAAGAAAUGUCUUGUGCAAGCAACAAAGUGGACCCCUUGCUCCAGAACAUGUGGGAUGGGCAUAUCUAAUAGGGUAACCAAUGAAAACAGCAACUGUGAAAUGAGAAAUGAGAGAAGACUGUGCUACAUUCAGCCUUGCGACAGUAAUAUAUCAAAGAC